GAAGUCGGCAUUCAAUGCUUUGCUUGCUUGCACGCCCUGCUCAAUUCAGUCUUUCUGGAUGUGUCGAUUGAUUGCUUGGAGCCCCUUUUCGUUCCGAGUAACUUAUUGUUCUACAACAGUUUCAAGCAGUGGGAGAUUUCGGAGCCCUGAUCCGUAUAUGAUGCUGUUGAACCUAUUCAUUGUUGUUACUGCCCUUUUACGAGGGUGAUCCCGCAUUGUUUUAGGGUGCUCCAAGUGAGAGAGAGAGCUUGUUUGGUUGUGGUGGUGAUUUAAUUGGGGUUGGCGAAAGUAGGGUUCAAGCUGAGCGAGUAGUUCAGCAAAAAUGAGAGAAGGCGAGGUGGAGAAGCUGCGGGCGGUAGUGAGGGAUUGCUUGGGGAAACAUUUGUAUUCCUCGGCCAUCUUCUUCGCUGACAAGCUCGCGACAUUGGCCGGAAAUGCGACGCAGGAUUUGUACAUGCAGGCUCAGGCAUUGUAUCUUGGAAAGCAAUAUCGGAGAGCUCUGCAUUUACUGCGAAGACAUCACCUGAUUACUGCUGACUUGCGUUUCCGUUAUCUCGCUGCUAAAUGCCUGGAGGAGAUUAAGGAGUGGGAUGAGUGUUUGCUGAUGCUUGGAGACAGCGAAGUUGAUGAAGAAGGCAACCUGUUAGUGAUGGAUGAUCAAGACACUGAAUUACUCGACAAGAAUAUUGAAGAACGAGAGAUCAGUAUCGGAGCAGCAGUGUGCCUGUUGCGAGGACGUGCCUUUGAAGCUUUGGAGAAUAGAGCUCGAGCUCUACGAUGGUACAAAGCUGCUUUGAAGGCUGAUCCCUACUGCUAUGAGGCUUUCGAGCAUUUAAUAGACAACCAUAUGCUGACAAGCGAGGAAGAGUCUGUUCUUCUAAGUUCACUGAAAUUCGAUCCGGAGGACCGCUGGUUAUCUUUACUAUAUUCAUGUCGUGCCAAAAAGUAUGGACAAGUAUCAGUCAUUGAAGAGAAAUUUCAGGAAUUGGAAAAGGAGCCGGAUGAAUCUCGACCAGAGGAGGAGAGAGUAGGUUGUUCAUUGAAAGAUAACAAUGAUAUUAUUGCAUGUAGGGCAGAUUAUCUCUAUCAUCAAGGGGAAUUCCAGCGCUGCUACGACACUACUAAAGCACUGCUCGAGAAGGAUCCUUACCAGUUGAAUUGCAUGCCAUUUCAUAUUGCUUCCGCCUUGGAGCUGGGCCGUAAGAAUGAUCUUUUCUUAAGAGCUCAUAAUUUGGUGCAGGAAUAUCCUCAAAAAGCUAUAUCCUGGUUUGCGGUGGGUUGCUACUAUUAUUGUAUUCGCCAAUUCGAUCAUGCACGGCGGUACUUCUGCAAAGCAACAACCCUAGAAAGCUCCUUUGCUCCAGCUUGGCUUGGCUUUGCCAAUUCGUAUGCUGCUCAGGAUGAGAGCGACCAGGCUAUGGCUGCCUAUCGUACCUCUGCCCGCUUGUUUGCAGGGUGUCAUUUACCAGCGCUCUGUAUUGGGAUGGAAUAUUUGCGAACUAAUAAUCUCAAUCUUGCCGAACAAUUUUUCUUACAAGCCAGAUCCAUUUGUUCAACUGAUCCACUUGUCUACAAUGAGCUUGGUGUGUUAGCAUACCGCAAUAGAGAUUACGAUACAGCUUCUCGCUGGCUACGGAAGGCUCUCCAACUGGUUCCUCCCCCACUUACAGAAGCUUGGGAGUCUACCGUCGUCAAUCUUGCCCAUAGUCUAAGGAAACUUAAGUCUUACCCUGAAGCCAUUUCCAUGUACGAGAGAGCUCUGUCUCUCUUUCCGCGAGGCGCCAGCACAUAUGCUGCACUUGGUUUCACUUAUCAUCUGCAGGGAAAGACGGGCAAAGCUGUUGAUUAUUAUCACAAGGCCCUUGGAUUGAACCCACAUGACACCUUCACUGCUGAGAUGCUUACAAGCGCGCUUCAAGAAGAAUGCUUGCGUUUGAGUUCAGCCCCUGAUGCUGAGUUUUAUUCAUUAAGUGGGAUGCCACAUAUUUCUUAAUGAUAUCACUUUAGCACAUCCUUCCAAUCCUGUGACGAUUUCAUAUUGUCUCUCCAUGAUGUUUCCAUCAAGCUGGUUUCAUGAAUUGCGAGAGGUUGCAUUAUAUCUCUGCUUGCUAUAUUUCAAACUUAGACCUGGCCUUUUCUUAAGAA